AUGAGGAUUGAUAACAACAAGUUCAAGAAUCUACUUAUAAGCCGAAAGAAGUUGUGUUUGAUUUUGGAUUUGGAUCACACUCUUGUCCACUCGACAUAUGUUUACAAUGCCGAGGUUAGGAGCUUCUCUUACUUGGUUAAGUUGAGACCUUUUGUUCAAGAGUUCUUGAAAGAAGCCAGCAAGUUGUUUGAGAUGUAUAUUUACACUCUUGCAUCACGCGGUUACGCGUUGGGAGUUGCUAGGAUUCUUGAUCCUGAUGGGGUUUACUUCGGGUCAAGAAUCAUCGCGUCAGAAGAUUCUACCGAGAAAUAUGAAAAGAGCCUUGAUGUUGUGCCUGGUGUUGAUGAGAGUUUUGUUGUUAUUUUGGAUGAUUUGGUGCGUGUUUGGUCAGGGUACUUGCGGAAUCUUAUUGUUGUGAGGAGGUACUUCUUUUUUGAUCCGCCUAAUAGGGUGUUUCGUGAUGAACAUGAGGGUUCAGGAGCUUUGAGCUGUGCAUUGAAAAUCCUUAAAGAGGUACAUACUCUGUAUUUUAGUAGAGAUGAUCUUUCGGGAGACUGUGAUGUGAGAGACCUGUUAGAAAUCGUUAUGAAGAAUUUAUAUCCGUUUGCUGUCGUUGAUAACUAUAAAAAUGUUGAAGCAAGUGAUCACUGA